CGGAUGAGACAUAAAACUUUUUUCCCUUGGGUUUGUUGUAUAGCAUUGUUUAGAGCCGCAUCGUUGCCAGUGGCGACAGCGCACAGUGACAGUGCAUUUAAAGGCACUUCGGUGUAGUGCGCCAUGCGAGUACCGGGUGGAUAAAGUGCCGUAAACGGCUACAAUGUAAUCCAGAGUUUAUAUUAAACCUUGAUUUGUAGCAGACAAAAAUGGCUUUGGACCCGAAGCAAGCAAGGCUGCUGUGCAUGCUCUGUCUAACUUUCGGGUUUUUCGUGCUGGAGGUGGUGGUGAGUCGAGUGACCGGCUCUCUGGCGAUGCUGUCCGAUUCUUUCCACAUGCUGUCGGAUGUGAUCGCGCUGCUCGUGGCGCUGCUCGCGGUCAGACUCGCCGAUCGCACAGCUGCCACGAGCCUCAACACGUUCGGCUGGAUCCGCGCAGAGGUGAUGGGCGCGCUGGUUAACGCCGUGUUCCUCACUGCGCUCUGUUUCACCAUCUUACUGGAGGCGGUGGAGCGCUACGCGGAGCCGCAUGAGAUAGAGAACCCGCGGGUCGUGGUGUGGGUCGGUGUCGCCGGGCUCGCUGUAAAUCUGCUCGGGCUUCUCCUGUUUCAUGGGUAUUCUGGACACGGACACUCUCACAGCGCGAGUAACAGGAGGUAUGAGAAAUCAGAGCCAUCACCAGGGGAGACUUACGAUCUGCUGGUGAAGAGCCAGAGUCCUGGCCGAGGUGCCCAUACUGUCCAAGUCGAAGCAGACAUUGUCUCAAAACAUAGCCUAGAAAUUCCACUUAAUGGGAACAUCGCAGCGGAGAAGCUGGAGCAUGAUUUAGAUUCAUCCUCCCAGCUCAACAUGCGUGGAGUCUUUCUUCAUGUGCUGGGCGAUGCCCUUGGCUCUGUCAUUGUAGUGGUUAAUGCUCUCAUUUUUACAUUUGUCUGGAGAACAUGUGACAGUCAGGAAAUAUGCAUUAACCCAUGCCUUAGUAGCUGUGGCUCAGACCACUGGCCUGUGAAUACACACUUGGUGCACAGUAACGGCACCAACGCUGUCUCUGUAGCUGGACCAUGCUGGGUACUCUACCUGGAUCCCACGCUGUGUGUAAUCAUGGUGACCAUCUUGCUCUAUACCUCCUUUCCACUCUUGAAGGAGUCGACCCUCAUUCUGUUGCAGUCUGUUCCCAAGCAGAUUGACAUGCAGAUGCUGAACAAAAAGUUGAGGAGUCUUGAAGGGGUUCUGGCAGUCCAUGAGCUACAUAUCUGGCAGCUGGCUGGGAGCCGAAUCAUCGCCACGGCACACGUUAAGUGCCACGACCCAGCAUCCUACAUGGACACAGCUAAGCGCAUCAAAAGCUUCUUCCAUGAAGAAGGCAUACAUGCUACCACAGUCCAGCCCGAAUUCUCGGAUGACAAUGAGUCUGGUGUGUUAGAGUGUGAACUACCCUGUUACAGUCAGUGUAGCCUGAAGCUCUGCUGUGACACAAGCUGGAAAUCUAAAUCCGAAUCAGCCCUCAUGUGCACAGAUGACACAUCCAGUCAACAUACUCCCCAACGCUCCACUGCCAGCUGGAAUAUUCAGCAAAAACCAGAAGUUUAUCCACAGAUUGAGGUGGAAUCCACAGUAUAGGUUUGAGAAAACCUUAACUAUGCAAUUUUACAGCAAUUUUUUAAAUUAGGUUGAAAUCUGUUUUAGACAGAGUUAUGCUUUUGAGAAUCUCAAAUCCCUCACAUGUAUGUUAACCUAUUUAACUAAUCAACUACAUACUGUACAAUACCUCUUAUUUCUAAUACGUAUGGUGGCAUGGGUGC